AUGGCUUCCUCUGUCUUCUUGCCGCUAUUUGCGGCCGCCGCAUUACUGCCCACGCUCGCAUCCACACAGAAUACCGCCAACACACCGACAUCCGCUCCUACCGUGCAAGUCCGCAAUGGCACGUACGAGGGUGUCUAUAAUCCCACGUACGAUCAGGACUUGUUCCUCGGUAUACCGUAUGCGCAGCCUCCGGUCGGUGAGCUUCGCUUCCGUCCACCACAACCGCUUAACACCAGCUGGUCCGGUACUCGAAACGCAACAGAAUACUACAAUGAAUGUAUUGGGUACGGCAGCGAUGACUGGUACUGGACGGACGUGGUGUCGGAAGACUGUCUCGCUCUCAGUGUGAUCCGACCUCACGGUAUCGACUCGAGCGCGAAUCUGCCCGUUGUCUUUUGGAUGCAUGGUGGAGAGUUUGCGGAGGGAGGCACUCGCGACUCUCGUUAUAACCUCUCCUACAUUGUUCAACAGUCCCAGGAGAUGCAAGCUCCCAUAAUUGGCGUGACUGUCAACUACCGCCUUUCGGCAUGGGGCUUCAUCUACAGCCAGGAGAUUGCUGAUGAAGGCUCCGCCAACUUAGGACUCCGCGACCAACGGCACGCAUUGUACUGGCUCCAGGAGAAUAUCGCUUCCUUUGGCGGAGAUCCGUCGCGGCUCACUAUCUGGGGCCAAAGUGCUGGUGCCAAUAGCGUCGGUCUUCAUUUAGUGGCAUACGACGGCCAGAAUGAUGGCAUCUUCCGUGCUGGAAUUGCUGAGAGCGGCUCCGUGCCUUCCCUCGCAGCAUACAUGAAUGCCUCGGAGGCACAACCCUACUACGAUGCCGUCGUCAACGCAACCAACUGCACCGGCGCUUUAAACACACUUACCUGUCUCCGUGAAGUUCCCACCGACGUCCUGAGCUCCAUUUUCAACAGCUCUCUCGUCGCUGGCGCAGGAUAUCAUCCCGUCAUUGACGGCGAUUUCCUUAGAGCCUCUGGAAUCGUUAAUCUCCAGACUGGCCAAUUCGCCAAAACCCCGCUUCUUAUCGGCACCAACUUCGACGAAGGGACCAAGUACGCCCCUCACGGAUACAAUACCACCGACCAAUUCGUCUCCCUCGUCCAAGCCAACGGAACCAACUAUACCAGCGCUCUCAAGAUUGCAUCCUUGUACCCAGAUGACCCAACCGUUGGUAUCCCGGGGACCCUUCAUGGCCGUCCCCCACCGUCAUACGGUUACCAGUGGAAGCGUGUAGCUGCUUUCCUCGGGGACCUUCUCAUGCACGCGCCUCGCCGUGUGACAACCCAGUCGCUGGCACGCUGGAAUGUACCUACCUACGUGUAUCACUGGAACGUGAUGACACUGGGGCCAUUAGACGGGGCAGCACACGGCUAUGAAAUCCCGUUCACUUUCCAUAAUAUUGAUAGUUUGGGCGAUGAACGGGGAAAUGACAGCGUGAUCUGGCCACAGAUAUCGACUAUGAUGUCACGGAUGUGGGUGAGCUUUAUUAAUCAUUUGGAUCCAAAUCAUAGUAAUAGUGAGUGA